AUGCCCGCGCUGCUGAGGCUCGCCGCGCUGCCGCCGCCGCCGGCGGCCCCGUCCGCACGCCGCAGGACGAAACCAUUGCAUGCUAUUUUGUUCUUCAGUGUGAACUCAUUUAAUAAGGGAAUGGAACAAUCUGGCGAUCCUCUUUUCAUCGAUCCAUAUGCUGCCGUUCUUCUUUCACAUGAUGUGGCACAUCAUGAUAUGGGUUAUCUAGAUUCACAUGGAAUGCCUUGGCAAGAUCAUUAUAGGCUCACAACCAGAUAUAUUGAUGACAAAUUACAGAAUUUGAUCAAUAAUUCAGAAGAUAUUAGACAGAUUGUUCUGUUGACAGAUGGAAUGGACACUCGUCCGUACAGGCUGAACUGGCCAAGGUUGUCUGUUAUAUAUGAUGUGUCACCAGGAAAAGUAAUCACUGCAGCAACUAAGCAGCUCAGAGGAACUGGAGCGAAAGUGUCGCGAAAUUGUGUCUUGCUUCAUACUUCUUUGGAAUCCCAUGAUUUACAAGCGGGGUUGAGCAAAAAUGGUUUCAAUGGGAAUAGGCUCAGCUUGUGGGUACUGCAGGGUUUACCUCUGACCACAACCACAAGUUUGGAAAAUCUCUUGCUUGUCAUAAGCAAUUUAGCAAUGAAAGGAAGUAUCUUCAUAGGAGACCUGCCCCAUUUUCCAGACUGUACAGCACCAAUGGACAUGGGUUUGGAACAGGAGAAUCUGGAAAAGCUUUUCUUUAAUCAGGGCUUUCGAGUCAGCUUUGUGCAAUAUGACAAUGUUGCAAAGGAUAUUGGCUUAGAUCUAGCUACUCCAUGGGAACAAUGUGGCAGAAUGCUUUUUGUUGCAGAACAGCUGCGGUUUUCAGAUGGACAGAUGGAGAGCUUCCAGAUUCAAUUUGAAAGAAUAGAGGAGGACGCUGACGAAGAAGGAUUUGAGGAACUCUAG